AUGUCUUAUACCUUCAUUAUGAUUGUCGUAGAUUUCGUAUAUUUGGCUAAAGAUGGACAAGAUUAUUUGUUUAGAUAUCUUUUUUUGUUGGCAAAUGAUUUAUUCUUCGGUAUGCAUUUUAUUGUGGCAAUAGGUUUAAGUAAAAAUAUAUUUGGGGUUAUAUGCACAUCCAUUGUUAUUGUUCUUUGGUGUGGUAUUCUUCUUUAUGUUAAUAUUACUGUUACCUAUAUAUAUGAAAAAAUUUCGGAAGAUGAAAUAUAUUUAAUUCAUUUAAUUGAAGAAAACAUACUCAGUGAAGAAAAUAUUUUAUCCUACAAAUACGAAGAAAUUUUAAACAUUAGGUCAGGAUUAAUGUCUCCCAAUUAUUCAUUAUAUGGAUUUGUACCUUUAAACUGUAAAGCGAUAUAUGCUAUGAUAUCAUUGGUUGUAACUUAUGUGGUUUACUUGAUUCAGUUCACCCAACACACAUAUAUUUUAUAA